AUGGCACCUUCACAACAAGCUCAAGACCUCAAUCAAUCUCCUCAAUCCCCAAGAAUUCCGGCAAAACUGCCCAAACUUCGGAAUCCCCACCUGCCAGAACUCUAUGCCAAACAAGCACAGUUCCAAGCUGAGCUUGAACUGAUUGGGGACGAAGCCUCUCGUCUAGAGCUUGCAAAAGCAUGGUAUGCUGCACGCAUGGCAGCAGAGCGAGCGGAGCAGAAUGAGCGGGAGGAGAAGGAGGAGGAGCAAAAAGUGGCUCGGGAGGAGGAUGGAGGAAAUGGCAGUAAUGACAUGAAGAGAGCCUCUCUUGGUCUACGUGGGUCAGUUGAGGGAGACGCUGGGCAGCGAAUCGAGGUGGAUAUGCUCCACAUCAGAUGCACACAAUAA